AUGGACAAACUCAGAAUGGUGCUACUUGAAGAUUCUGGAUCUGCUGACUUUAGAAGGUAUUUUGUCCACUUGAGUCCCUCUACUGUUGCUGUGGUCUCACUUCUCAGUGCCUGUUUGAUCACCAGUUCUUUCGGAGGAACAGACAAGGAGCUAAGGCUAGCAGCUGGUGAAAGCAAGUGUAGUGGGAGAGUUGAAGUGAAAGUCCGAGAGGAGUGGGGAACAGUGUGUAAUAACGGCUGGAGCACGGAGGAGGUCUCUGUGAUUUGCAGGCAACUGGGAUGUCCAACUGCUAUCCAAGCCACUGAAUGGGUUAACUCCAGUGCAGGUUCUGGGCGCAUUUGGAUGGAUCAUGUUUCUUGUCGAGGGAAUGAAUCAGCCCUUUGGGACUGUAAACAUGAUGGAUGGGGAAAACAUAACUGUACUCACCAACAGGACGCUGGAGUGACCUGCUCAAAUGGGUCCAGUUUGGAGAUGAGGCUGAAGAAUGGAAGAAACCGGUGUUCAGGAAGAAUAGAGAUCAAAUUUCAGGGACAGUGGGGAACAGUGUGUGACGACAACUUUAACAUAGAUCAUGCUUCUGUGGUCUGUAGACAACUUGGAUGUGGAAGUGCUAUUGGUUUCUCUGGUUCAGCUACUUUUGGAGAAGGUUCUGGACCGAUCUGGUUUGAUGACCUUGCAUGCAAUGGGAAUGAGUCAGCUCUCUGGAACUGCAAACACGAAGGAUGGGGAAAGCACAACUGUGACCAUGCUGAGGACGCUGGCGUGAUUUGCUUAGAUGGAGCAGAUCUGAACCUGAGACUGGUAGAUGGAGUCACUGCAUGUUCAGGAAGAUUAGAAGUGAAAUUCCAAGGAGAAUGGGGGACAGUGUGUGAUGAUGGCUGGGACAGUCAGGAUGCCGCUGUGGCGUGUCAGCAACUGGGAUGUCCAACUGCCGUCACUGCCAUCGGUCGAGUUAAUGCCAGUGAGGGAUCUGGACACAUUUGGCUUGACAGUGUUUCCUGCCAGGGGCAUGAAUCUGCUCUCUGGCAGUGUCAACACCGCGAAUGGGGCAAGCAUUAUUGCAGUCACAAUGAAGACGCGGGUGUGACAUGUUCUGAUGGUUCAGAUCUGGAGCUGAGACUUGUAGGUGGAGGCAGCCGCUGUGCUGGGACAGUGGAGGUGGAAAUUCAGAAACUGUUAGGGAAGGUGUGUGACAGAGGCUGGGGACUGAAAGAAUCUGAUAUAGUUUGCAAGCAGCUGGGGUGUGGAUCUGCACUCAAAACAUCCUAUCAAGUGUAUUCCAAAAUUAAGGCUACAGACAUAUGGCUGUUUGUAAGCAGCUGUAAUGGAAAUGAAACUUCUCUUUGGGACUGCAAAAAUUGGCAGUGGGGUGGACUUCCCUGUGAAAACUAUGAAGAAGUCAAAAUUACCUGCUCAGCCCACAGGGAACCCAGACUGGUUGGAGGGGACAUUCCCUGCUCGGGUCGUGUGGAAGUGAAACAUGGUGAUACGUGGGGCUCCGUCUGCGAUUCGGACCUCUCCCUGGAAGCUGCCAGUGUGCUAUGCAGGGAAUUACAAUGUGGCACAGUCGUCUCCAUCCUGGGAGGAGCUCACUUUGGAGAAGGAAAUGGACAGAUUUGGGCUGAAGAAUUCCAGUGUGAGGGGCACGAGUCCCACCUUUCACUCUGCCCAGUAGCGCCCCGCCCAGAUAGGACUUGCAGCCACAAAAGGGAUGUUGGAGUAGUUUGCUCAAGAUACACAGAAAUCCGCUUGGUGGAUGGCAAGUCCCCAUGUGAGGGGAGAGUGGAGCUCAAGGUGCUUGGGGCCUGGGGGUCUCUCUGCAACUCUCACUGGGAUAUAGAAGAUGCCCAAGUUUUUUGCCAGCAGCUUAAAUGUGGAGUUGCCCUUUCUACGCCAGGAGGAGCACAUUUUGGGAAAGGAAAUGGUCGGGUCUGGAGGCACAUGUUUCACUGCACUGGGACUGAGCAGCACAUGGGAGAUUGUCCCGUAACUGCUCUGGGUGCAGCACCAUGUUCUUCAGGUCAACUGGCCUCCGUAAUCUGCUCAGGAAACCAGACCCAGACGCUACCUCUGUGCAAUACAUCAUCUGUAGACCCAACAAGCUCUGCCAUUCCAGAAGAAAGUGCUGUUGCCUGCGUAGGGAAUGGUCAACUUCGCCUGGUAAAUGGAGGAGAUCGCUGUGCUGGGAGAGUGGAGAUUUAUCAUGAGGGCUCCUGGGGCACCAUCUGUGAUGACAGCUGGGACCUGAGUGAUGCCCAUGUGGUGUGCAGACAGCUGGGCUGUGGACUGGCCAUUAAUGCCACUGGUUCUGCUCAUUUCGGGGAAGGAACAGGACCCAUCUGGCUGGACGAGAUAAACUGCAGUGGAAGAGAAUCUCAUAUUUGGCAGUGUCACUCACAUGGCUGGGGGCGGCACAACUGCAGGCACAAGGAGGAUGCAGGAGCCAUCUGUUCAGAGUUCAUGUCCCUGAGACUGGCCAGUGACACCAGCAGAGAGACCUGUGCAGGGCGACUGGAAGUUUUUUACAAUGGAGCGUGGGGCAGCGUUGGCAGGAGUAACAUGUCUGCGACCACCGUGGGGGUGGUAUGCAGGCAGCUGGACUGUGCAGACACAGGGAAUAUCAACCCUGCAUCUGUAGACAAGGCAACGUCCAUGCACAUGUGGGUGGACAAUGUGCAGUGUCCAAAAGGACCUGACACGUUAUGGCAGUGCUCAUCAUCUCCGUGGAAGCAGAGACCGGCCAGCCCCUCAGAGGAGACCUGGAUCACAUGUGCCAAUAAGAUAAGACUUCGAGAAGGAAACACUAGUUGUUCUGGACGAGUGGAGGUCUGGUACAGAGGCUCCUGGGGAACGGUGUGCGACGAUUCCUGGGACCUGGAUGAUGCUCAGGUGGUGUGUCGACAGCUGGGCUGUGGCUCAGCUCUGGAAGCACUAAAAGAAGCGACAUUUGGUCAAGGGACUGGACCCAUAUGGCUCAACGAAGUGAAGUGCAGAGGGAAUGAAUCCUCCUUGUGGGACUGUCCUGCCAAACGCUGGGGGCACAGUGACUGUGGGCACAAGGAAGACGCUGCUGUGAAGUGCUCAGAUAUUCCAAAGACCGAAAGAUCACCAAAUGCCACAGGUCAUAUUGCCAUCGGGAUCCUUGGGGUCCUUCUGCUGGCAGUUCUCAUCGCAUUGCUCUUGUGGACUCAGAAAAGAAGACAGAGACAGCGGCUUACAGUUUCCUCAAGAGGAGAAAAUUGCGUCCACCAAGUUCAAUACCGGGAGAUGAAUUCUUGUCUGAAUGCACAUGAUCUGGACCCAGGGAAUUCCUCAGAAAACGCCUAUGAGUCAGAUGGUUUUAAUGCCGCUGAACUAAUUUCUGUGUCUAAAUCUCCUUCUACUUCUAGAAUGAAAAAGGCGGCCAUUCUGAGGAACACUGAAAAGGAAAAUGGGAAUUUAUAA